CUAUCUCUCCUUCCGAGUCUUCCCUCUCUCGACCGACAUUGUCUUGAACUUCGACACCACUGCCUAAAAAGAAGCAGCUCACUCGCCUCUCCAAUUCGAUUCAUCUUCAAUUCAUCUUCAAUCGAUCCUCGAAGUGACGGAGGCAUGGAUGAGAACAGCCGGGUCGGAUCCGGCGACACCAUCCUCAGCCGCUACGACCCUUCGGAGCUCCGUGUUGCCACCGAGUUCCUCGCCAAUUGGUUCCCCUUCCUCUCCGCCAGUCUCUGCCCCGGUUGCGCCCGCUCGCUCUCCGAUCGCAUCCGCUCUAUCGACCCAGGAGUGAACUCUGAUGUGAAAACGCCGAAGCCGGACCAGUCAGCAUUCGCUGUGAUGACUCCCGAUGUCAAAGCAGCCGACCUGAACUGUGGUCAUACUAGCAGCAGCAGCGAUAGUUCCGAGGGAAAUUUGGUCGACAGUCCACGACCACAAGAGAGAGUGGGUACGAGCUCCUUGGGUAGAUUCAGAGGCACUUCUUUCAGAUCCUUUAAGUUGGCGCUGGCGAAUACGAUGGAUCCCCGAACCCGUGAAACCCGGGUUUCUGAAGGCCCUAUCCUGAGUCCACAAGCCUUGGGGUUUGACAUGGAAGAAGAGGACGCUCUCAAGGAUGAGAAGUCUCCAAAAUCGGACAGGGGGUUGAUGGUUGGUGAUAUCAGAUUAAUUCCAUCUGGUAUGAAGAGAGAGUUGUCGAGAGAACAGAGAGAGUACAUCCGGUUUAUGAACGUGAAGAGGAACAAGGAAUUAGUGUGCUUUGAGAAGGUCAAGGGAAGACGGGUUAACGUUCUGGAGGGGCUCGAACUCCACACUGGGAUAUUCAGUGCAGCGGAACAGAGGAGAAUAGUCGACUUUGUAUAUAAGCUUCAGGAGAUGGGGAGAAGAGGUGACUUUAAAGAGCGAACGCACACUGCACCAGCGAAGUGGAUGAGAGGAAAGGGUCGUGAAACAAUCCAAUUCGGCUGCUGUUACAAUUAUGCAGUGGACAAGUGUGGAAACCCACCUGGCAUACUCCACAAUGAGUUUGUAGACCCGUUACCGUCCCUCUUAAAGAUUAUGAUAAAGAGACUCAUUCGGUGGCACGUUCUUCCUCACACCUGUGUGCCAGAUAGCUGCAUCAUUAAUAUAUAUGAGGAGGGGGACUGUAUUCCCCCUCAUAUUGACAAUCACGACUUUGUUCGGCCAUUUUGUACGGUCUCAUUCCUCAGCGAGUGCAAGAUACUCUUCGGGUCGAGACUCGAGGUUCUUUCCCCGGGCGAGUUUUCUGGGCCUUUCGCUCUUCCUCUUCCUGUUGGGUCUGUUCUCGUUUUGAAAGGAAAUGGUGCUGACAUAGCAAAGCAUUGUGUUCCCGCUGUCCCCACGAAAAGGAUCUCGAUUACAUUCAGGAGGAUGGAUGAAUCCAAGAGACCCUCAAAUUACCUUCCGGAUCCUGAUUUGCUUGCAAUCCAACCUUUAACCUACGAGGUGAGUGAUCCAAAGACUCCAAGCUUGUCAUCUACACCAGAGUCCCAGACAAGGAGGCGACUGCCUAGAACAAAAGCUCACAGUGGUGGGAGGAGGUCUUCAGGGAGAAGUGGCAGCCCAUUGCGUCGACCAUGACCAGAUUCCUCCAUGAGAUGGACACCCAGGAAGAAUUCCAAUUAUUGAAGUUUGGCGCUCAUCUCUCUCUCUUUUAGGACAAUUUGACAACAUAUCCAGCAAAAAAAGAAAGGGCAUUAUGACAAGAUUAUUUGUACUCAGAUAACAAUGUUUUAUCGAGGAGUGCCUGGAGCUCGGCUGUUUUAGAGAGUUCAAGUAGAUAAGCUCAUGAAGUUAAAUUGCAGAUUCAACUCAAAAUUUGUAUGCAUAUUUUCUCGGCCACUUUGCAAAAAGCAGGCCUUAGUGAGAUAUAAAAGCCAUUUUCAGGUUAUUUUUCGGCACAUUUUUCUUUUUUCCUUAUGACACUUAUUAUUGGUGGUUUGUCCAACCGGCCAUUUAAACUGCUGUCAAAUCCUUCUUUA